UUUCCUCCCUACCAACCUCCCUCCCUCCCUCUCUGGAGCUCCUGCUCUCUCCCUCUCCCUUCUCUCGCGCUCUCCCUCCCUCCCUCCCUCUCUCCCUCCCUCCUCGGGCUCUCCCUCUCCUCUCCUGCUAUAGAGGGCUCCGACAGCAGUUCCCAGCCAGUGUGCUCAGCCUGCCUGCCUGCCUCUGUGUGUGUGUGAGCGUGUGUGCGUGCGUCUACUUUGUACUGUGAAGAACACAGCCCAUGUGCUCUGCAUGGACGUUACUGAUACUCUGUUUAGCUUGAUUUUCGACAAGCAGGCAAGAUGUCCAGCACACCACAUGACCCCUUCUAUUCUUCUCCUUUCGGCCCAUUUUAUAGGAGACAUACACCCUACAUGGUACAGCCAGAGUACCGAAUCUAUGAGAUGAACAAGAGACUGCAGUCUCGCACAGAGGAUAGUGACAACCUCUGGUGGGACGCAUUUGCCACUGAAUUUUUUGAAGAUGACGCCACAUUAACCCUUUCAUUUUGUUUGGAAGAUGGACCAAAGCGAUACACUAUCGGCAGGACUCUCAUCCCCCGUUACUUUAGCACUGUGUUUGAAGGCGGGGUGACCGACCUGUAUUACAUUCUCAAACACUCGAAAGAGUCGUACCACAACUCAUCCAUCACAGUGGACUGCGACCAGUGCACCAUGGUCACUCAGCACGGGAAGCCCAUGUUCACCAAGGUAUGUACAGAAGGCAGACUGAUCUUGGAGUUCACCUUUGAUGAUCUCAUGAGAAUAAAAACAUGGCACUUUACCAUUAGACAAUACCGAGAGUUAGUCCCGAGAAGCAUUCUAGCCAUGCAUGCACAAGAUCCUCAGGUCCUGGAUCAGCUGUCCAAAAACAUCACCAGGAUGGGGCUAACAAACUUCACCCUCAACUACCUCAGGUUGUGUGUAAUACUGGAGCCAAUGCAGGAACUGAUGUCAAGACAUAAAACUUACAACCUCAGUCCCCGAGACUGCCUGAAGACCUGCUUGUUUCAGAAGUGGCAGAGGAUGGUGGCACCGCCAGCAGAACCCACAAGGCAACCGACAACCAAACGGAGAAAAAGAAAAAAUUCCACCAGCAGCACAUCCAACAGCAGCGCUGGCAACAACGCAAACAGCACCGGCAGCAAGAAGAAGACCGCGGCCGCAAACCUGAGUCUGUCCAGUCAGGUACCUAUUGCUAGCAUUGCUCGUUCUCCGGUGUCAGGCUGCGCUCUAAGGACAUAAACUCGCGUGGUUGUUACACGUCAGGAGGCGAUGUUUAUUUCCUGUAGAAAUCAAAUAUGCAUCUCGGCCCCCGACACUGAGACUUGACCCCGUUGUACAGCACACGCGUGUGUCUGUCCUAGGUUCCCCAGCUCCUCCCACUGUUGUUUUAAGCUGAGCUUCUCUCUCCCAAGGUUUCCCUGUAAUAAUGUCAGCUGCUGUUCACAGGAUGUGAUGGUGGUAGGAGAGCCAACUCUGAUGGGAGGUGAGUUUGGGGACGAGGACGAAAGGCUAAUCACUAGAUUAGAAAACACGCAAUAUGAUGCGGCCAACGGCAUGGACGACGAGGAGGACUUCAACAAUUCACCCGCCCUGGGGAACAACAGCCCGUGGAACAGUAAACCUCCCGCCACUCAAGAGACCAAAUCAGAAAACCUCCCCCCCCAGACUUCCCAGUAAGACCACCCGCACCAGAUCCACUGUCAGUAGGGGGCACCGUUACAAGUGCAGAUCUUUACUUACAGGAGAGGAAAAGAGGAGAAAUAAAAACUUUUCCAUGCAAAUAUCUAUUUCUAAACCACAAUGAUCUGAUUUUUCUUUCUUUUUUUUUUUCUAAUUGCGAGGAUUAUUCCAAAUAAGCUUCCAUGACCCUUCCGUGGAAGCCUUCACAGGUCGUACAGAUACUGGCACUGAUCGUAAUUAAAACGAGAGAAAACGCUAGCGCAUCUCCUGGCACAGUCUUAACAACGUGUUUGUGUUGAAUUUCCUUUUUACGCAUCAAACAAAGGCCAUAUUGUCCAUAAAUACUCAGUGCUCAGGAUCUCAUUAAUAUGCCGAACCUAACUACAAAUGACUUUUUAAUAUUGUAAAAUAUUUUCUGCUUUUUGACUUGCAUCUGAGAGUUUCUUGUUUCAGUAAAAAAAGAAAAGAAAAAAAAGCAGCUUUGGAACGUAAUUUAAAUGUACCUUUAUUUUUUUUCCUUCACAUUAUUUCUUUCACUGGGCAGCAGCUGAGGGGACCCAGCGAGCUAAUUUGUGGUGGAGCUGUUGGCAAUUGGCUUGCGUAUGAGUUGGCUCAAUUUAGCCCUAGUACUGAAACAAGAAACGUCUUUUUGUCAUCAAAGACGCCAGGGCAGAUUUGUAUGUAAAGAAAGACAAUUGGACCCUUGAGAAUUUAUGCAUUUGUAGAGUUGCUGUUGAUCCAAAUAUUUUCAAGCCAUGUAAUCCAUUAAUUUUGUGGGCAGUUGAAUAAAUCUGAAACUUUUUUGUGUUUUUCAUUGUAUCUGAGUUGGCCAUCCUUUCUUUUCAUAGUAUAUCUCUUGUAUGAUAUUUUGUAAAGCCCUCACCUGGUUCUCUUAUGGGGACUUUUCUUUUUUGGGCACCUCCAGUGUAUUUCUGUGAAACUUUAUAAGAGAACUAAUUUUUCCAUCUGCAUAUUAAUAUGUUCCUCCACACAUGUAAAGACACAGUGGCUCCGUGUGUUAAAAACAGCUGUAUUUUAUGUAUGCUUUACUGAUAAGUGUGCCAAUAAUAAAUUGUGUUAAUGACCAAA